AUGGACUAUCAAUUGUGUUACAGCGUGGAGGCUACAGGGCAUUCCAGUGGUAUUUGGGUUUUGAUGGCGGGAUCGUGCUCUGCUAAUAUCUCUAAGUUUGCCUCUCACCCUCAGGCUAUCUCGUUUAAGGUGGUUGAAGGUAGGAAGAGCUGGGUGUGUACGGCCGUAUAUGCUAAUCCUCGGGUGGACCUCAGACAACAGGUUUGGGUUCAUCUUCGGGAGCUGGGAGGUCGGAUUACGUUGCCAUGGCUAGUGCUUGGGGACUUCAAUGAAAUUAUGUUGUCAACGGAGUGUAGGGGCGGGCGCUUCUCGAUAGCAAGGGCUUCACAGUUUCUGGAGGUUUUGAAUGAUUGUAAUCUUCUUGACAUGGGGCCAAGGGUCUCCGUUUCACGUGGUAUCGUAACCAACGUGGGGGUCUAUUCUGAUCAUUGCCCUCUCCUACUGCGGCGGGAAGGCUCAAGGGAUAAUUCUCAUGAUCGACCCUUUCGGUUCCAAGCUGCAUGGGCCACCCAUAAAGAUUUUGAGCGAGUUGUUAGGGAGGCGUUGUGCUGGAGCACUCCGACCCUGGCUAGUGGUUUACAAGCUGUUCGUGUGGAUGCCAUCAAGUUUAAUUACGAGGUGUUCGGGAAUAUCUUUAAUAGAAAGCAGGCUCUGCAACGACGUCUCAGAGGGGUUCAAUUACAGCUCGAGGUAGGGGAGUCAGAGAGUCUGUCGCGCUUAGAAAAGGCCAUUCAAGUGGAGUUAGACGAAACUUGUCUCCAGGAGGAGUUUUUAUGGUUUCAGAAAUCUAGAGAGAAGUGGGUGAGGUUUGGGGACCGUAAUACGUCCUUCUUCCAUGCUCAAACUCUUGCGAGGAGAAGGAGGAACAAAAUACAGGGGUUGUUUCUACCGGAUGGGUCUUGGAACACGGACCCUGGGGUAUUGAAAAAUGAGGCAGUCCGGUUCUAUACAGAUCUUUUCUCGGUCAAGAGUGACCAAGAAUCCCUAGUCAUGCAUACUGGGGUUCCACCUGGCCUGGGAGUUGAGGCCCAAUCUGCCUUAACUGCCCCAGUCACGAAGGAGGAGGUUCGCCGUGCGGUGAUGAUGAAAGAUGCUUUUCGGCUCGGGUUCUCGGAAGUAUCACUAUUGGAGACUCAAAUGGUGUUAAUUCCGAAGGUGGACCAUCCGGACGGCUCAGGUGUGGGGUCAUUGGCAUUAAAGAUUGACCUUGAAAAGGCAUAUGACAGGGUCAGGUGGGAUUUCUUGGAGUCUACGCUGGUGCAGUUUGGGUUUCCCCCAGUCACUAUCCAACUCAUCAUGUGGGGGUUGAAGAAUUCGACAAUUUCACUCCUUUGGAAUGGAAGCGCCUUACCUUCCUUUGCUCUGUCUCGUGGCCUUCGGCAGGGUGACCCACUAUCUCCGUACCUGUUUGUUUUCUGCAUGGAGCGGCUCGCCCUUCGGAUAUCGGAGAUGCUCCAGGAGGCUUCAGAGGGCCAGGCUCAGUUGGUGGCGUCAAUCUUGGAGGAGUUCUCGCGUUCAUCAGGCUUGAAAGUCAAUUUGACUAAGUCCCAGUUCGUGAGCUCUAGAAGGGUUUCUCAGAGGAGGAUUGAUACAUUGGAGGGAUUGCUAGGGAUUGGGCACACAACUCGGAUCGGGAAGUACUUGGGGGUUCCCAUGACUCAGGGUCAGCCGAGGUGCGCAGAUUUCUAUGACGUGAUGGAUAAGAUCCAGAGUAGACUUGCGGCUUGGAAGUCCAAGCUUCUUAAUAAGGCGGUUUGCAAUAGGAUUGAUCAGGCUUGUCGCCGUAUGCUCUGGGCAAAGUCCGACAGUUCACGGUUUUGGUCCCCAGUGAGUUGGGAUGUUGUUACUCAACCCAUGAUGUUGGGUGGCCUGGGGGUUAGGGAGGCGCGAAGGGUGAAUGUGUCACUCCUUGGGAAGUUAAUUUGGGAUCUGCUUAUAGCUCCACAAAAGCCUUGGGUUCAUAUCCUCAACAGUACUGGGCUUUGGUGCGGAAGAGUUCCUUUUGUUCAUAUUGCCGAUACGAACAGAACGGUCGCAGACUGCUGGGUUAACGACCAUUGGGAUUUCAAUUCCUUGUAUACUGCUAUCCCGGUGGAACUGAUUCACUCGAUCCAACGGUUGACUGUCUCCAACUCCUCUUUAGGGCUGGAUCAUUAUGCUUGGCGGGGUGAUAACUCGGGGUGCUAUACAACGGCGUCUGGUUAUCGUUUCCUGUCUAUGGGUUCGUCAAUAGAAGAUGAUGAAGUUUGGAAGAAGCUCUGGAAGUUAAGGCUCCCUGAGAAGGUUAAGUUCUUCAUGUGGCAAUGCUUUCAUUCAGCCCUUCCAAUGAAUCAGGUUUGGGCCGAUAGGCGGUUGGCCGAGUCUGGGGCGUGUUCGCGUUGUUCUUGCCCUCACGAGACUAUUUUACAUGCACUUCGUGAUUGCCCGUACUCGAGGGAGGUGUUGAUGUUGGGUGGGGUCAGUGUGGGUUGGUCUUUCUCUGUAAUGGACUGUUUUCGGUGGCUGAAGGGGAUUAUUCUGCAUCCGGAUGCUAUUAAGCUCUCCAUUACCUUGUGGUGGGUCUGGCGGUUUAGGAAUAACAUGGUGUUUAACGACGAGCUUUGGACGAUCUCGGCGGUCCGUAGGAAGGUGACAUUGUCUACGGUGGAGAAUAGUGUGUACAACGCUAACAGGCGGUUAUGGGUGGAGCAAUCACGUUGGAGGCCUCCGGAGCAUCCGUGGGUCAAACUAAACACGGACGGGAGUUGGUUGAGUGAGAAUUCUGCUAUGGGGAUGGGUGGAGUCAUUCGAGAUUCGGCAGGUAUGUGGCGGGGAGGAUUCUCGCGGGGAGUGCGACAUGGUGAUGUGUUACGUGCUAAGUUGUUGGCCUUGGAGGAGGGAUUAUCAUUUUGUUGGGAUGGUGGGUUUCGAAAAGUGAGUUGCGAAUGUGAUUGCCUGGGAGUAGUUACGUUAUUUCAAGACCGGUCAAUGGAUAGGGAUCAUCUACAUAAGCACUAUGAUGUUAUUCGUUGUAUUAAGUGCAUGAUAGCUAGGGACUGGGGAGUUUACGUGAGUCAUAUCCUUAGGGAUACGAAUUCAGUAGCCCACACGUUGGCUAAUUGGGGUGUUCGGAACUUAGGUUCUAAUGUAUUUUGGAGGAGUCCUCCUGAGUUUAUCCUGUUACCGUUAGGAAGAGACUCUAUGUCUUGA